AUGUCAAAACUCUCCGACUACCGCCUCUUGUGCUUCGAUGUGUAUGGGACACUAGUCGACUGGGAAUCUGGGAUCGUGAACGCCUUCCAGCCGAUCCUCGACAAGAACAAUUCCUCUGUUUCACGCGAGCAUCUCCUGAAUGUUUACCAUGAGCUUGAGCAUGAGCAACAGGCUCUGACACCCGAUAUGCCGUAUUCCGAACUCCUUGCCAGGAUUCAUCCCAAGCUGGCUCAGCGCCUCUCCCUAGCACCGCCGAACGAGGACGAGAGUCUCGCAUUUGGCGAGUCAGUUGGGACAUGGCCCGCCUUCCCCGACACAGUCGAUGCUCUUAAGCGGCUCUCAAAGCACUACAAGCUGGUUGUCUUGUCAAACGUUGAUCGAGAAUCAUUCGCCAAGACGAACGCGGGGAGUUUGCAGGGUGUGAAAUUCGAUCGCAUCAUCACCGCGCAAGACGUGGGCUCGUACAAGCCUGACCUGCGCAACUUCGAGUAUAUGUUGAAGACUGUACAGGCAGAGCUGGGAGUCGAAAAAGCUCAGGUACUGCAGACUGCUCAGAGUCAAUUCCACGAUCACCAACCUGCCUCCAAAGUUGGGAUCAAGUCGGUCUGGAUUACAAGACCAGGAGCGAUCAUGGGCAACACCAAGGAUACUAUCUACGACUGGAAAUUCGACACACUGGGCGAUAUGGCGCAUGCUGUAGAAAGUGGCCAGUGA